CUUUGUUGUGUUCUACUGGCAUUGGGUCUCCACCAACCUUUCUUAAGAAAUUCCUUCUUAAAACCCACUAACGCAGUUUCCACGAAGAGUCUGACAUUUACCAAUGUCUGGGAUUUGUUCUUAGAAUCCUUGAAAAGGCAACCCUCCUUUGUCUCCAUUAAUGGCAAGGAGGUGUGGGAUGGUGGAGUCUCUUGCAGAAGGUUUACAAAAACGCAGACAGCCCUGUUGGAACAGUGGCUCAGUACAGGUAACGGGCCCCCAAAUACAAAAAAGCCUGAGAGAGAGGCGGGGGAAGGGCUGAAGGAAAACGCCACACUGGGAAAGGAAACAAGAAAAGAGGUCGUGAUGAAGAAAAACACCAUAAAAGAGGAAGGGCCAGAGAAAGCCAGGGAAGAGCCUGUAUUCAUGGCUCUUGGGCAAGAGGCUGAGGCAGAGAUGAGUGAAGGAAACAAGGCAGAAGACAGGGACGUAAUGAAAGAGGAAAGGGUCAGUGAUGAAGCUCCCCUGCCACAGGACCAGAAGCCGCCAAGCCCCCACUCAGAGGAGCUGAGGAGGUAUGUCGACUUGCAAGAGACUCCCUGCAAUCCCACUGAAGAGUCUGAAGAUGUUAAACCGACACCUCUGCUAACAUCAGAGGCCUUUGAAGUACAGAAUCCAUCGGUGGACAGUGGAUCAGAGGACAUUUCCUCAGAUGAUAGCCCAAUGGUCCGUGUCAUGUUGAGGCAGGAAGAAGAAAUGAUGAACAUGAAAGAUUCUUUAACCAAGGCCCAGGUGCCGAAACAAGACCGGGACAGCCAGGUGGAAAGAGACAAUGCAGCAGGACUGUGCCUUGCAAGCGCUGGUGUUGAACCUGCCGAGAUAUGGGAUACUGGAAUGGACCUGGUUUCCCUUCUCAGUCAGGCCCAGACUGAACCGUGGGAGACUUGGCCUCAGGCCCAAUCCAAGGGUUGGCAUUUCCCAGUCGGCCCUGGCUUGGAAGAGGUACUGUUCUGCCCUUCUACAUCUUCCCCGGGCAUUAGCUACUACCCACAGUUGUCGCUGGAGAAAGGGGCCUUUGAAGUGGUGUGGAGGUUGUGGGAGGAUCUGAGUGAGACCCACACUCCAGAAAAGGCCCCCUCAGAGUCCCAGGCCCUGUUUGACUUCACUGUGAUGUCCUACAAUAUCCUGGCCCAGGACCUGCUGGAGGCCAACCAGGAGCUGUACACACACUGCCCUCUAGAGGUGUUGAGUUGGGACCACCGUUUCCCCAACCUUAUAAAGGAAUUCAAGAAAUGGGAACCAGAUAUUCUUUGUCUGCAGGAGGUCCAGGAGAACCACUUCACAGAGCAGCUCUGUCCUGCUCUUCGUGACAUGGGCUACAGCUGUGUUUAUAAGCGCCGCACUGGCACCAAGACGGACGGCUGUGCAGUUUGUUACCUCGGCCACCGUUUCGCCCCGGUGUCGGAGAGCCUACUGGAGUUCUACAGGCCAGAUUGUGAGGUCCUGGACCGAGACAACGUGGGCAUCGUCCUGCUCCUCCAACCAGUCAUCACGCCGGGCUCUCAAGUCACCGCCGUUAGCCCUCCCCUCUGUGUGGCCACCACCCACCUGCUGUUCAACCCCAGGAGGGGUGACGUUAAACUGGCCCAGCUGGCCUUACUGCUGGCAGAGAUAGACUGCACAGUGAGGAACACAAAGGUGAAGGGAGACCCCUGCAAUGUGGUUUUAUGUGGUGACUUCAAUGCUGUGCCCAACAUGCCACUGUACCAGCUGAUCACCACCAGGCAGCUGUACUACCAUGGUCUGCCUACUUGGAUGAUAUCAGGUCAAGAGGACCUGUCCUACCAGUUCCAUCAGAGGAGGGUGUUUGCGCCCCUUCUGCCAAACACUGUGGGCAUAGAUGACCACUGCAGGUACACAACUGUAAUUGAGUCAGCCAGUCAAGAGGUUGCGUCAACCCGGAGUCCUAAACCAGGUGCGUAUGGGUCUGUCGUCAUCGGUUUGGCCCACAUCAGGAUGGAUUGUUCAGGGAACCUGCGGUAUGAGCGUGACUUCUUACGCGGGCUGCGUUUCUGUGAGGCUGCCUGUGUCAAGCCUCUGGAUAUGCCACUUAUCCCUGGAGUUACUGACAUCACACCAAAUCCCAAUGAACAACAUCCUCGUAAAAGUUUCAGACAGACUCUCUCCCAUCAAGUGAACCUGCAGUCAGCUUACGACCACUUCAGCCUGGGAACAGACCAAGCAGAGGUGACCACCCUGCACUCCCAGGUUGGGGCAACAGUGGACUACAUCUUUUACUCUCCCAAGAUGAGCUGUUCUGGUGGAGGCCAGAAAGGUGGACAUCGAGGUCUGAAGCUUCUUGGUCGACUCUCCCUGUUAUCAGAGAAGGACCUCUGGUCAAUGAAGGGUUUACCCAGUGCCAUUUUCCCCUCAGACCACCUCAGUCUCUUGGCCAGGUUCCAGAUGGGCUAAUACUCUGCUUGAUUUGGGCUGCAUUCUCUAUAAAGAAUCAGGAGGACCGAGGAAGUCAGGAAGAAAAAGUGUGUCUGUGUGUGUGUGUGUGUGUGUGUGUGUGUGUGUGUGUGUGUGUGUGUGUGUGUGUGUGUGUGUGAACCAUGGAUUAUUGGCCUAUGUUAUGAUUCCAUGUGUAAAGACGAAUAAUUGUGCUUGAUUCCUGGGGUCACAGAUUGUUUUGAGUCCCAUCUUACUUGCUGUUUCCUAACUGAAAGAAAAGUCUCCCAAUGCCCGGCGGGGAUAACUUGCCCUCUAGGUUUUUGUUUGCUUAUAUAAAGACGGAAGAAAACUAACCAAAAGGUUAAAUUCCGUUAAGAGCUGUGACUGGCUUUGGACCGGUCAGUACUAUUUUUUAAAAGGUAGUAAUACUGAAUAAAUAUUUUCUAUGUAACAGUCCUUUUUCUGUCUUCCCUGGCUGUGAUGGUGUUAAGAUUGUGACCUGAAUGUUGGCAGCCCCGAGAGAUCUCUCGCUCCACCGAAGCAUUCUGACUGUCAAGGAAAAGAUGAGUGGCUGUCUGAGACAUGAAUUAAUUAUGCAUUCGUAUUGCAGAAUAGGUUGUGUUCAUGCACGAUGGGGCACAGUUGGGGUGUCUGUGUGUGCAUGCAGUUAAGUGGAGCAGCUAACAGACUCCUGUCAGCACUAAGACCUCCAGUUCUGUCUCACUGGAAUGACACAAAUGUCGAGGCCUGACACGUCCUUUAGCUAAACUACAAUAAAUCAGAUGUUUUCUCUAUCAGGCAUUCAAGGUGUGUAUUUUCUGGAUCUCAUUACAUUCACCAAGAGAGGUUUAAACAUGACUUAAUAUUGACACAAGUACUUCAGGCCCAGUAUUUCUGGGUCUAUCCUCUAACUGGUUGGUGUAAGACUGUCCUGUUUGAAUAGAUUCCCCCAGUGGCACCAAACACACCCGCUGAGGAGAAGUGGGUCAGUAGGGUUUUCAAAGUAGGACAUGCUUUUUUUUCUGUACAUUCAAUUUCAUUUUAUGAACAGUGCUGGGGAGAUGAGGUGGGGAAGGUACUACUGGGAUGUUCCACAUAAAACAAUGAGUUUGGGCCUUUCUGUGCCUUUGUAACAGUUAUCAAUGUACUGUAGGCUCACUCCACAGCUGGCUUGAAAUGUUGUGGAGGAGGCUAUGCAAUUGUUACCUUUUGUAUAGUGUAAGUUAAACGGCUGGAAUGUUGUCAAGGAGGGGAGUUGUGUGUUGUACAGCAGAGGAACAUGGGUUGGCAACCAAAGUGGGACCAGGCAAACUGCCAUGGAAGAAGAUAAACAAUUUGCAGUGCAUGUUGAAGUCUGUCUCCUUCAUACCCUAAGAUUCGUUCACCAUCAUUAUUUCCAGUGAAAAAUAUUACAAAAAUUCUCAGCAGUCAGUUGUGCAAGAGAACAGUUCCCGGCUUAUUUCUGGAACUUAAUAAAAGCUAUCAUCCUUUCCACUUCCCUGCUCUGAACAAUAAA